AUGUUGGAAGAAAACACAACUUCUGUUGGUGAGCGGGCGGAGAGCUCACCGACAGCGUCACAUGGAAACGGUGAAGUGGAGCAGCAGGAGGUUGAAGAGGGAUCGAAGAAGCGGCGCUCGGCAGACAUGUACUACAAGUAUGAGGAACUUCACUCCAGACCGUCCAUCACACCUGACUCUGAAAUCCCAGAGAACCUCCUGCACCUCUCUCACUCCUUUGGCUAUGACAGUGGGCGCAGGGGGAACCUGCAGCUCCUGGACGACAGGACUCUGGUCUUUAUAGCAGGGAACCUGCUCGUCCUGUUGGACAUUUCCACCAAGGAGCAGAAAUACAUCCGCUCCUGCAGCGGAGGAGGAAUCGGCUCCAUCACGGCACACCCUAGCAAGGAGUACUUUGCUGUCGCAGAGAAGGGAACGCAGCCCAACAUCAUAGUAUAUGAAUAUCCCUCGCUACGACCGUUCUGCAUCCUCAGAGGCGGUACGGAGCGGGCGUACAGCUUUGUGAAUUUUAACCCUGAUGGGAGCCUGCUGGCCGCUGUGGGAAGCGCACCCGACUACAUGCUGACGCUGUGGGACUGGAGGAAGGAGGAAGUAAUGCUGAGCUGCAAGGCCAUUUCUCAGGAGGUCUACCGAGUCAGCUUCUCCCCAUAUAACCCGAGGCUGCUCACAUCAUCAGGAUCUGGACACAUCAAGUUCUGGCAAACGGCCAGCACAUUCACAGGCCUUAAGUUGCAAGGAGUUAUGGGACAUUUUGGGAAAACUGCAGCGACUGAUAUUGAGGGCUAUGUGGAACUUCCUGAUGGAAAGGUGGUGUCUGGCUCAGAAUGGGGUAACUUGUUGCUGUGGGAUGGGAAUGGCAUCAAGGUGGAGAUUUGCCGUGAGAAGGGGCGGAACUGCCAUGCGGGGACGGUACAACCUUUCGCCCUGGGAGAUGGACAGCUGAUGACGUUUGGCUCUGAUGGAGUGGUCCUGCUUUGGGACUUUGAGAGCAUCGACACUGCCGACAGUACCGGCGACGGCAGCAGGUUUGAGCUUGAGCCCAUAAAUGAGAUUGUGGUUGGACAGAACGUCUGCCUCUCCUCUGUGGUGAGGAGCUCCUUGCCUGACAUCUGUUUUGUUCAGGAUUCCACUGGAGCCAUCUGGAAACUGAAUCUUUCAUUCAUCAAUAUGACUCUUCCAGAGUGCCUGUUUUCCUUCCACGCCGGGGCGAUCCAGGGCCUGGAUGUGUCAAGGAAAUCUCACCUGAUGGCCACGACCACUCUCGACCGUUCAGUCAAAGUUUUUGACUUCCUCGCCAAAAGAGAGCUGACCAGCAGACACUUCAAUCAGGGUGGAACUGCUCUCUGCUGGGCUCCACCUUUGGUGAACCAGAGCGGAAGUUUACUGGUGACAGGCUUCGAGGAUGGGGUUGUACGGUUACUGGAGCUGUACGACCCUCAAAGGCUGCAAGUGGUCACCAAGCGCAAAGGAGAUGCCAUGCUGAGCCUCAAACAGGCCUUCAAACCCCAUAAUGCCCAUGUAACUGCUAUUGCAUAUGAGCGAAAUGGAGAGAUCUUAGCCACUGGGAGCUGUGACAACACUGUGUUCUUUUUCACCGUCGGGGAAAAAUACAACCCCAUCGGCUUUGUCCACGUUCCUGGGCCGGUGCAGGCGCUGGAGUGGUCUCCUCAUUCUCACACUGAAAGCAGGCUGCUCAUCCUGUGUCAGAGUGGUCAUGUGGUCGAGGUUCACAGUCCUGAUCCGGAGGCACAUAGGCCAACCGAAACCUUCCAGCUGACUGAAUUGCCCAGCAGAUCUUUCAGGUUCAGGAGUAUCAAAUCUCGAAUCAAGAGAGAGGAGGAAAUCGCAAGACGUCAAGUCGUAAAGGAGAAGAAGAAAGAGAGUGAGGAGAAGUUGAAAGAAUUAAAGAAGCUGAAUGCAAAACCAGAGAAAGAAGAAGAAGAAGAGGAGGAAGAAGAAGAGUUGCCUGCUAUCUACAUCCCUGACCCCCCAAGUCCUCUCUACUGUGGCUUCUACUCAGAGCCUGGCAAAUUCUGGCUGUCCAUGGGUGGCUUCGACUCAGGUUUCCUGUAUCACUGUAAGUUCUCUGAGAAGCAGGACGAGGAUCCGGAUCAGCGGCAGGAUGAGCCGUUCGACUUCCUGCCUGUCCACAGCAAAGAUGACGACCCCAUUCGCUCUCUCACCUUCAGCUUCAACAGGCAGCUGCUGCUUUGUGGCAUGCACUCAGGCUUCAUCAGGGUUUACCCUCUGCAGCCUGGAGACAGCAGCCUCACCUCCAUGCAGGCCUACUGGGCUCUCAGUGUCCACGACAACCAGUACGGACACUUGCGGCACAUCUGCUGUAGCCAUGACGACCACUUUGUGCUGACCGCAGGAGAUGACGGCAACAUCUUCUCCUUCAGCCUCCUUCCCCCAGAUGAGCUACAGAAAGGCCUGCAGAAAAAGAGGGCCACGGUUCCUUCACCCAGGGUGGGUCUUGAGAAUGAGGCCAAAGACAUUGUGGAACAAGCUGCCUACAGCAUAGAAACGGCCAAGCAGAAGCUGCAGAAGGACCGUCUGCGUCGGGAGGCUGGGCUGAAGAUUGCUGAGAAGCGCAAGAAGCUGGCCGAGCUUCAGAAGAAGUUUAAACAGCUGAUGAAUGACAACCAGAAUAUGCCUGAGCAUGUUCGCCUGAAACCUGCGGAGCUGCAACUGGACCGGCGUUUCGGUGAGCAGGCAGAGAGGGUUAAGGCCCAGCGGGUGAGGGAGGUCAGAAAGCAGAUGGGCUGGGAGGAGGAGCGCUGCAGCAUAGGGCUCAGCAAACUGCAGGACUGGUUCAAGGACACUCUGGAGGCCAACAUGGUGACUGUGGUUGCCAUCGGCACCGACCAUAGAGUCUCCACUUACUGUCUGCCGGCACUCGCAGAGCCUUCCUCCCGGCUUAGACAUCUGAGGAGUCCCAGCUGGCUCGAUGGACACAAACCUGCUGGAUCAGAACGCAGAAAAUCAAGAGCCGAUCCUGCAAAAGACAGCGGCAUAGAACAGGAGGAGCUGCUGCGCUGCCCACAAGCUCGUCCAGCAGGAAUAAUGCUGACAAAUCAGCAGGUCGAGAGGCUCAGAAAGGCUGCAGAGAAAGCUGAACAAGCUCAAGCCAAGAUAGAGAAGAGGAAGCAAGAUUGGGCCCGACUUUACGCAGAGAAGCCAAACAAGGACAGUGAGGAUCUACAGGAUGUUCAGGCCAUCCGUGAAGCCAAAGAGAACAUCGGAGACUUAAAACUGAAGUCAGACAAAACCUUUACGUUGCCGAAACACCUGAGGAUGAAUGCUGAGAGGAAGAGAACAGAGCUGAUAGGCCUGGAGGAAAAUAUCUGUGAGAAGCAGGUUGAGAUGAAUGGAAAUAUCGUGGCGUUGCGGGACUCCAAGAUUCGUCUCGUGUCUAAGUUGCAUGCUCAGGCUCAGCAGGUCCAGAAGGUCCAGCAGCGUCUGGCGGCCCAUCUUCACUGUCCUCCACCUACCAUGCCCACUUUACUACCAGAGGAAACCCCAGAGAAGAGGCUGCAGUACAGCAACGCCACCCUGAAGCAAUAUAGGAUUCUGAGGGAACAGAGGUUGCAGACCAUUGAGCCGGAGGGAGCCACACAUUUACUGGAGCAGCUGGAGAAAGAGAUGGAAGGAGAGGAGGGAAAAGAGGCCCAGGAAGGGACUCCCAGUCUGCCAGCUUCAUCUGCAACCAGAGAAGAAGAAGAGACGGCAGAGGAGAAAGACACAGCACUGAGCGAGCUGGAAGAUGAGCUCCGGAGGGAGGAGGAGGUCAUACUGCUGUAUGAGCAGAACUCUCUGUUGAAGCAGAUAGAGAGUUCGGUGUGUCAGUUUGAUGCAGAGCUCAUGCUGCUGCGUCACCAGAAGUUGUGUCUCGACUGGCAGCUGAAGAUGGCCGACCUCCGUCAGCUGACGCUCUACCAGGAGCUGCUGAUCCUGAAGGAGUUCGACAGGAGGGAGGACAGUCUGCAGGAGAACCUCAACGGACGCAUUAAGGAGGAGAGCAGUAUUACGUCUGACCUGGAGGAGUUUAACGAAGAGCUGGAACUGAAGCAGGGAGACAUAGCUCAGCUGCAUGAGAAAGAAAAGACUCUAACUGCUGCCUUCCAGGCUUCAUUGGGCAAAGAAAACAAGUUCGAAGAGUUUCUGACAAAAGUCUUCAAGAAGAAGAUCAAACGCAUUAAGAUUGAGGAUCAGACAGGAAGUAAAGGUGAGCAGAAGUAACACAAGUGAGAUUGUGUGAUGCUGUGCAGUGAAGAGGAGGACAGUGAUGAAGACGACGACUGGGAUGAUGAUUAUGACGAGGGCACAGAGGACGGAGGAGCAGCUCUGGACGACAAUCAUUGCCCACCAGGCUGUGAGCCAGAGUUGUUUGAGAAAACACUGCAGUUGCGUGAGCGUCGGCUGGACCUGGAGGAACUGCUGGUGGAGAAGAAGAAGAGUGCUGAAGUGCUAAAGAAGGAGUGCGACACACUCGUCAAAAAGGAGAAAUCGAUGAAGACCAGCCGGAAGGCAGCCGAGGACGACUUGGAGUUGAUCAACAGGGAGAAGCAGCAAAAGAUGAACGAGCUGGAUGUGGUGGUCCCUCUCAGAUUGCACCAGAUUAAGUUUGUUUUAAACGGAUCGGUGCCGUCUGACCUGAGCCCGGCGCUGGUGCUGGGCAUGACGGAGCUCGACAGGCUGCAGAAGCGCAUCAAGCAGUUGCAUGCGGAGAAGAGUCAGCAGAAAGAUCUGUACUGUGAGGCACACAAGCAUCAGGGCAGGCUUGUUCACGACCGCAGGGUAAUGGACGCCAACAUCCAGGUGCUGGAGAAGAAUUGCAAGGAGCUGAUGAUGUUGAAAUUUGGGAGGCUGGUGAAUCUGGAGACUCUCCAGGCGCUGUCGGGGAACAGGACGCUGGAGGAGCUCAAGCAGCAGAAAUUCCUCAGAGAAUUGGCAGACGCUAAGGAAAUCAAACACUGGGAUAUGAAGGUAGAAGAGGCACAUCGGGCUCUGAUGGAGGUAACCAGGUGUAACACAGAACUUCUCCUCCGCAUGACCACCCUCUUGGACCAGAAAAAGGAACUGGAGAAUAAACUCAACGCCAGGCAGAAGAAAAUGGGCAGACAGUUCCAGGAUAACAGGAGACGUGUGGAUCAGGAGGAGAUUCGGAGGCUCGUGGGGCUGGUGAAAACCCAAUCCCAGCAGGCAGAGGCCCUCAGGAGAGAGAUUGGCCUCUUGUCUCGUCAAGGAGGCCACGUCCUCCCCCCAGGCCGGGCCCCGCUGCCACCGCUCGCCCUUUUGCCCACCCUCAGAGGCCGCACCCACACUCGCCUCUUGUCCCGUCAAGGAGGCUGCAUCCUUCCGCCCGGCCCGCCCCCACUUACCCCCUUGUCCGCCACACCAGCAAACAAGGAUUAAGGGCGUCCGUCCAAACGGCUCAACAUCGCCCAGCCAACAGGGAGCUACUUAACUGAGGAUAGAAAAUAAUUUCUUUGGAAUUAUUGCUACUUUUAGGAUUAAAAAAUACUUC